GUUCGAACUCGCGAAGUGGACCCGAGUCCAAACGCGUAGUCUGUUCGCCUCACUCGCGCCGCUCUAGUCAGAAGAGGGGGAAUGCGGCGGCCACGGGGACCGGCGGCGGCCGGAGGUAAGGGCCGGGAGAAGGCGCCACCGGGGUCGGCGGUUGUGGUGGGAGUGAAGGACGCCGAUGGGGUGCCGGCGGUGAUCGCUGUCGACGGGAAGGGCGGGGCGCCGGUGCAAGGGGUUCUGUUUGUCGCGGAGUCCGGAUGCGGGGAGAAGGCGCCACUAGAUGCUGGGACUGCGGUGGGCGGGAAGGACGCCGAAGGGGUUGCGGUUAUCGCCGUCGGCGUGAAGGACGGGGCGUCAGCGCAAGGGGAUCCGGUGGUCCCCGCUGUUGACCGGGAGGUUGAUAAACCGAUGGGGAAAGGUGGGGUGGCGGAGAAGGAUGAGGAGGGAAUCAAGUGGCUGAAGCAUUACUCCUCGAUGCAAAGUAUCCUGAUCGUCGGAGACGGAGACUUCUCGUUCUCUCUGUCGCUCGCCACCGCGUUUGGCUCCGGCCAGAACCUCGUCGCGACAUCCCUCGACACCUACGAGGAUCUGACUAAGAAGUAUGUGAAAGCUGAAUCAAAUGUAACAGAGCUGAAAAGUUUGGGGGCCGCAGUUUUGCAUGGUGUUGAUGCAAAAGAGAUGAAGCUCCAUCCAUUUCUGAAGAUGAGACGGUUCGAUCGAAUUGUCUUUAAUUUUCCUCAUGCCGGGUUUGAUGGAAAAGAGGACGAUCUACAUAUGAUCAACAAACAUAAGCAACUGGUGAAUGGCUUUUUUUGCAAUGCGCGACACCUGCUUCGGCCCUAUGGUGAAACCCACCUUAGCCACAAGACAGGGCUUCCUUAUGAUGCAUGGGAUAUCGAACAACUAGCCUACCAGUCUUGUUUUACUAUGGUGGAGAAAGUUGACUUCUGUAAACAAGACUACCCUGGUUAUAACCAAAAGAGAGGAGAUAAGGCAAAGUGCGAUCAACCUUUUGCUCUAGGUCCUUGCUGCACUUUUAAGUUCUGCAUCGGAGACGUAAAGAAGCUGAAGAAAGUGCGUGCAAACAGGAUUGAUUCAAUUCCAUCCCUUGGAGGCAGUGGAUCCUAUCCUGGCAUAUUGGUGACCGACAUGAGGCCCUCUGAUCUUCAUCCACCUGCUCCAGCAUGGCCUCGGCCACAUUUUCCUCCAGUCAACGCACUUCACAUUCCGAUAGCAUUUGAACCUUACCACCUUGGUGUUAAUCAAAUGGAACAUCCAGGUUUUCCAGUCAACUUUUAUGGUACAGAUAGAGCUCCUCAUUUUAAUAGCUGGGGCAUGGUCCGGCCAGUUUGCAGCAUCCCAGGGUCACCUCAGAAUGUUUUGCUCACGCCAGGCGGCAUUCCUCCACCAAUGAGAAUCCCAAACACCACUCUCAUUGCACCUCCAGAACAUCCCUGGUACCAAGAGGGGCCUCCUGUUGAGCUGCUUCGUAGAGGUGGGUACUCUUUCCCAGAACGGGAGUACCAGAGGAGUCUACAAAGGGAGUAUGAAAUUCACAGGCAACUGAUGCCCGGAGGAUCUAGCUUGGGUUACUCUGUUUUCCUUGAACAUCGCUACAUGGAGUCUGUUCAGAGACGGGAGCGGCUGGAAAUGUUGAUUAACUUCUACGGUAAACAGUGAAGGGCCAUUUUGGGGGCGUAUCAUGUGUCUCUGGUGCAAAAGGAUCACUAGAACAGAGGAACUUGACCUUCCAAGACAAUGCUUCGUUAGAUAGAUAUAUGGUGUUUUGUGUUCAAGAUGUACAGGUAGGGUCGUUUUGUGUGGUGAACACUAACCACCGAGUCCGCAACAUCACAACGAAUGGUGUUUACUCUUAUCUAAAACUAUAGGCAGCCAAGCCUCAUUUUGCAAUGGAGCUGUCUUUUGGGACUUGAAA